GUUGCCGGCGCGCCGGCGUCUUACAGUCAAUAAAAUUGUUAUCAGACUAAACUGUUUAUUUCUCUCUCAUAUUGGAAAAAACAAGAAGUACAUAAAUAUUUAUACGUUAUGAGUACAAAUACGAAGAGGACUAUAUACGUGGGCGGUCUGGCCGAAGAAGUCGAUGAAAAAGUAUUACAUGCAGCAUUUAUACCUUUUGGUGAAAUUGUUGAUGUACAAAUACCAUUAGAUUAUGAGUCGGAAAAACAUAGAGGAUUUGCUUUCAUUGAAUUUGAAAGUGCUGAAGAUGCAGCAGCAGCAAUUGAUAAUAUGAAUGAUUCCGAGCUAUUUGGGAGAACAAUAAGAGUAAACAUUGCAAAACCACAAAAGAUAAAAGAAGGCUCAUCGAAACCUGUUUGGGCUGAUGAUGCAUGGCUGCAAGAACAUGCAGGUGAAACACUCAAAAGUGAUGAAAGUGCAAAACCAAGUGAUCUGGUACAAUCUAAGAAAGGAAAACAAAAUCCUCAAGUUUAUUUCGAUGUUAGUAUUGGAAAGCAAGAAUUAGGUAGAAUUAUUAUGAUGCUGAGAGCUGACAUUGUGCCAAAAACAGCUGAAAAUUUUCGUGCUCUUUGUACCCAUGAGAAGGGAUAUGGCUAUCAAGGAAGCAUUUUUCACAGAAUUAUUCCAGAUUUUAUGUGUCAAGGAGGAGAUUUCACAAACCAUAAUGGAACAGGAGGAAAAUCAAUUUAUGGAAAUAAAUUUGAUGAUGAGAAUUUUGAAUUGAAGCAUACAGGUCCUGGUACUUUGUCAAUGGCAAACUCUGGACCAAAUACAAAUGGCUCACAAUUCUUCAUAUGUACAGCACGCACAGAUUGGUUAAAUGGAAAGCAUGUAGUAUUUGGACAUGUUCUUAGUGGUUUAGAUGUUUUAAAAAAAAUGGAAAAAUGUGGAACAACAUCAGGCACUCCUACACAAAAAGUUGUUAUAACAGCUUGUGGAGAAUUAACUUAAAUAAUGUUACAAACAGUUUUAAGCUUGAAGAUAUACAAUUUUUUAAUAAAACUACAAUUUCUGAAAAAUUAACAUUAUUUCCAAAUUAUACCAAAAAUUUAACCUUAAGUAAAGUAAUAUUUCUUUGUGUACCAUUUUAAUAAAUUGUAAACUUGUUUUAAUGUAUACAUGUAUGUAAA